GAAACUACUUAUUUGAUGAAGUGAAUCCGCCGAGUGAAUUACGCAUUUUCGCAGUACAAAAUGGAGAGUGAAAUUUUAAGUUUUUACAAGGACAAAACAGUGUUUAUAACUGGAGGCACAGGAUUUCUAGGCAAAGUGAUCAUAGAAAAGUUAUUGCGAGCUACAGAUGUGAAGCGUAUAUAUUUCCUUGUGAGACCCAAGCGAGGAGAAAGAGUGGAAGGACGAUUUGAGGCAUGGAAAAAGGAUAAGAUCUUUGAAGCUCUGCUCAAGGACAAGCCGCGUGCAUUGGAGCAUGUGACUCCCAUAGCGGGGGACUGCUGUGCCCUCAACUUGGCCAUCAGCGAGGCGGAUCGGAGGAUUCUGGCCGAGGAGGUUCAGGUGCUGAUGCAUGGAGCUGCUUCGGUUAGAUUCAUGGAGCCACUGCAGGACGCAUUGAACAUCAAUACGCGCGCCGUGCGUCUGGUGGUGCAGCUGGCCAAGGAAAUGCGCCGUCUCGAGGCCUUUCUUCACAUCUCCACGGCCUUCUCCAACUGUGUGGUGGACCACAUCCAAGAGCGUUUCUAUCCGGAGAACCUGACCUGUCCCUUUGACAAGGUUCUCGACUUGAGCGAGUCGCUCAGCACCGAAAUGGUGAACAAGAUGGCACCGACCCUAAUGGGCCGAUUCCCCAAUACGUACACCUACACCAAGGCUCUGGGGGAGCAGGUGAUUCAGGAGGAGGCGGGAGACCUGCCAGUCGGUGUUUUCCGACCAGCCAUCAUUUUCUCCGUCUUCAAGGAGCCAUUGCCCGGUUGGGUUGAUGGCUUGCAAGGAUUGGGAGGCAUGAUUUAUGCGACUGCAUACGGCGUUUUGCACUUAAUGCUUGUCAAUCCCAAAGCGAAGGCCCUCGUGGUUCCGGCCGACUACUGUGUCAAUGUGGCCAUUGCCAGCGUUGUUCAGAUAGCCAAGAAGGCCAGUGGAGCCAAGGAGAGUGUUCUACCCAUUUUCACAUACACACCCUGCCAAUCGAAUGACGUCACUUACGGAGAAGUCAUUGAGAAAUGCUACGCUAAUGGCCUGGCCGUGCCCAAUACCAAGAUGAUUUGGUACCCAUUCACCCACAACAUCGGUUGUCCCUGGCUCUACAGCGUUGGCGUCUACCUCUACCACAUGCUGCCCGGUCUCCUGCUCGAUGUGAUUCUACGCCUGAAGGGCGAGAAACCGACCAUGAUUAAGGCCUAUCACAAGAUCCACGAGGGAGUGAGAGUGCUGUUUCCCUUUUCCAAGAAAACCUUCACCAUGGACACGCACAACACCGACCAGAUGUGGCAGUCGAUGACGCCGGCGGACAAGAGAACCUUCCACUUCAAUUUGUCCAACUUGAACUGGGAUGAGUACUUCACGACCGUCAUGGACGGAGUGCGACUCUACUUGUUCAAGGACCUUCGAACGCCCGAAUCCGUGGCCAAUGGCAAGCGGAUUUUAUCCAGGUAUUACGUAUGGGACAGAACCCUUAAACUGGUACUCAUUCUUUUAUUCGGGGGCUUUAUUUGGUACAUGUUUAAUCUGGUAUUUAACUAAACGCCUUGCUUUGAAUAGUGAACAAGUGUAUAAAUAAGAAAGUGCUCUAAGUGAAUAUGUAAAGGAAUAAAGUUUACAUUAACAAUGUA